AGAUUCUGAAUUUGAUUGGCGGAUGGUUUCUGCAAGUGGAUUAGCUUUAAAGAUUGAAUUUUUAGGGAGGAUUUGACGCUAAGUUUUUUGAGGGUUUUUGUUUUUCUUGAUUAUAUAUAUAUAUAGUCUACAUAUAAGUAGUUAUAACAAGUCUUUUUAGUUUUGGGGCAUUUGGGUUUCUGAGUAUUUUGAUUAAAAACCCAAUCUUUAGCCCUUCAAUAUAUAUAUUCGCAAAUUGAAGAUGGUGAGUGGGAAUUUGUUUCAUUUUAGAAAGAAUUCUUGGCCGCCCGAAGAGUACAUAACUCGAACAACUUUGCAGUUGUUUGAUUUUGAAAGUGCCGCCCCUCCCGAGCAAGCUUUGAGAAGGAAAUUAAAUAGCCAUGCUAGUAUUCUUAAAGAAUUCAGCAUCACCUUUACCGAAGCCAUUAAAAUGGUUCGGCUCGGAAUACGCCUAUGGCAUUACAUACGGGAAGAAGCAUCUCAAGGAAGAAAAGCACCAAUAGAUCCUUUUACUCGAGAAAGUUGCAAACCCUCUGCAACACAAGGAGUUCCACUCGGUGGAAUGGGAAGUGGUAGCAUAUCGAGAGGUUUCCGUGGGGAAUUCAGACAUUUCCAAAUACUUCCUGGUACAUGCGAGACUUCGCCUGUCAUGGCCAAUCAAUUCUCUAUUUUUAUAUCUCGAGAUGGAGGGAACAAAAAAUACGCAUCUGUUCUAGCUCCCGGCCAGCACGAAGGUUUAGGGAAAUCGACUGAUCAUGGUAUAUCAUCAUGGGGUUGGAACUUGAACGGUCAGCAUUCGACGUACCAUGCACUGUUUCCGAGGGCUUGGACUAUAUAUGAUGGUGAACCGGACCCAGAAUUGAAAAUAUCUUGUCGACAGAUAUCACCAUUUAUACCGAAUAAUUAUCGGGAGAGCAGUCUUCCGACUGCUGUAUUUGUUUACACUUUGGUAAAUACGGGAAAGGAGAGGGCAAAAGUCAGCCUUCUUUUUACGUGGGCGAAUUCAAUUGGAGGUAUAUCGCAUCUAUCGGGAAAUCAUGUGAACGAGCCAUUUAUCGGUGAAGAUGGAGUAUCGGGAGUGCUACUGCAUCACAAGACCGCGAAAAACAACCCUCCCGUGACGUACGCAAUAGCCGCAUGCGAAACUCAGAACGUGAGCGUGUCGGUUUUACCCUGUUUCGGUCUGAACGAAGGAAGCGGCGUAACUGCAAAAAACAUGUGGGCUACGAUGGUGCAGGAUGGGCAAUUCGAUCGAGAGAAUUACAACAAAGGACCCAGUAUGCCUUCAUCGCCUGGAGAAACGCACUGCGCUGCUGUUUCCGCUACUGCAUGGGUCGAACCUCACGGCAAGUGCACUGUUGCAUUUUCCGUCGCCUGGUCGUCUCCCAAGAUUAAAUUCUGUAAAGGAAAAUCGUACAAUAGGAGGUACACUAAAUACUACGGCACUUCGAAAAUGGCGGCUAAGGACUUGGUGCACGAUUCUCUUACAAAUUAUAUGUUAUGGGAGGAAGAGAUUGAAAAAUGGCAGAACCCUGUUCUUAGAGACGACGGUUUGCCCGAAUGGUACAAAUUUACUCUGUUCAACGAGCUUUAUUUUCUAGUUGCUGGAGGGACAGUUUGGAUUGACUCGGAUUCCCCAGCUGAAAAUUCGAGUGGUAUCAAGUCAAUAAUCGCGGAUAGCACGAAAUCGAAUAAAACCGAAGCAAGCGUAGUUCAUAGAACAGCACUAAACGGUUCCGAUACUUCCGCAGAUGAUCCUUCUAGAAGCGCCUCGGAAGAAGAAGGAGAAGAAUCCGACACUUUCGAAAACUGCGCUGUAAAUAGCAACUCGGCGGGGCCCACAAACAAUGACGACCACGACGACGUGGGUAGGUUCCUCUACCUCGAGGGUGUAGAGUACAUAAUGUGGUGCACGUACGACGUACACUUCUACGCCUCGUUCGCCCUUCUAGAACUCUUCCCCCAAAUCGAACUCUCCAUCCAGCGCGACUUCGCAAGAGCCGUUUUAUCCGAAGACACGAGAAAAGUCAAAUUCCUGGCCGAGGGCAAUUCCGGAAUACGAAAAGUCAAGGGGGCGGUCCCGCACGACCUCGGGAUGCACGACCCUUGGCACGAGAUGAACGCUUACAACAUACACGAUACAAGCCGAUGGAAGGAUUUAAACCCUAAAUUCGUCCUCCAAGUUUACCGGGACUUUGCCGCCACCGGAAACCUCUCCUUUGCCGCCCAAGUCUAUCCGGCCGUUUGUGCCGCCAUCGACUACAUGGACCAGUUUGACCGCGACAACGACGGGUUAAUCGAAAACGACGGCUUCCCGGACCAAACCUACGACACGUGGACGGUCCACGGUGUAAGCGCGUACUGCGGGUCCCUCUGGCUAGCGGCACUACAGGCGGCUGCCGCCAUGGCGCUCCAGCUAGGCGACCAAUCGUUUGCCGACAAGUGCACCCACAAGUUUGUAAAGGGAAAGGCCGUCUUCGAGGAGAAGUUGUGGAAUGGGGAGUAUUUUAAUUACGACAGCGGGUCGAGCGGGAAUAGUAAAUCGAUUCAGGCGGACCAGCUGGCGGGGCAGUGGUACACGGCGGCGUCGGGGUUGCCGGAUCUUUUCUCCGGCGAGAAGAUUAGUAGCGCGCUGCAGAAGAUUUACGAUUUUAAUGUGAUGAAGGUGAGGGGGGGCAGGAUGGGGGCGGUGAACGGGAUGCACCCUAACGGUAAGGUGGACGAGACUUGCAUGCAGUCGCGCGAGAUUUGGACAGGUGUCACUUACGGGGCUGCCGCUACGAUGAUUCAUGCUGGGAUGAAGGAGCAGGCUUUUGCUACUGCCGAGGGGAUUUUUACUGCUGGAUGGUCUGAAGAAGGAUUCGGAUACGCGUUCCAAACUCCGGAAGGUUGGACGAUGGACGGGCACUUUCGAUCUCUAAUAUAUAUGAGGCCGCUUUCUAUAUGGGGAAUGCAGUGGGCCCUAUCAACUUCUAAAACUAUACUAAAGCCCCCACAAAUACAUUUAAUGGACCGAACACCCCACGUUGUAAAUUCUUCUCACAACGAAGCCGGUGUUAAGAAGAUUGCAACCAAAGCAAAGUGCUUCGGCAAUGCGGUUUUCCACUGUUCGUGCUAACCACCACCUUUUUUCGUGUUAAGAGUUUUUUCGGAGGAUUUUUCUGUUUGAUUCUUCGAAUCGAAGUUUCUCGAAGGGAAGUGAGAGAUGGUGAAUCGAUAUGUUGUGUUAUGUGAUAGAUAUUUUCGUGUUGAAGUGUAAAUUUAUUCGUUUUCUUUCGCGUUUGUAAAGAUGUAUUCCACUUCGAAACUGGCUAAUAAUUUGAUGCAUUGUGGGUAAUAAGGUUAAUUAUAAGCCAAAUGAGUUUUUAUUUAUUAAGAUAUUUUGGUAAUUGUAUAAGCAAUCAUUUUCGAUUUCA